CUGGCGGAUGAGUCCAAGACAUACUAGAAACACCAACGUUCCAAGUAACACAUAUCCAAAAUGAAAUUCCUGGUUGUCGCCGUUGCCCUUUUGGCCGUUGCCCACGCCGAUGUGUCCCACCUGUCGGGCUACAACUACGCCCCCGUGAGCAUCCCCGCUCCGGCUCCUCUGCCCGUGAAGGUGGCCCCUGCUCCUGCCCCCGUUCCCGUGCCCGUGCCCGUGAACACCUACAUCCCCCCUGCACCCGCACCAGCCCCCAUCCAGAUCGAGAUCCCCGCCCCGGCUCCCGCUCCCGUGGCCAUCCCCGCCCCCGUGAAGGUCGCCCCCGCCCCUGUUAACCAGUACAUCCCACCCGCACCAGUGGCCAUCCCCGCCCCCGUGAAGGUUGCUCCUGCUCCCGUCUUCGUGCCCGCACCCGUGCAGGUCGCUCCCGCCCCCGUCAACCAGUACAUUCCCCCCGCACCCGUGAGCAUCCCCGCCCCCGUGAAGGUCGCCCCCGCUCCCGUCUUCGUGCCCGCCCCCGUGCAGGUUGCCCCCGCUCCCGUUGCCGCCCCCGUUCCCGUCCUGGCCCCCCAGCCCGUUCUGGAGGAGAUCGAGCCCAUUUCCGCCGAUGGCUACCGCUACAAGACCAUCCGCCGUGUGGUCCAUCGUCGUUACUAGAAAGCCACUCACUGAUCCCGCCCAGGGAUAAGUUUAUUAAAUAAAACAAAAAUACGUAUAAUUAA